AUGUGUUUUCAGGAAACGUUUGAUCCAAGGAUAUGCUGUCGCUAUAAGGAAGGCAUACUACCCUAUUACAGAUUUAAGCAGGAGCUUCUGUCUGUCACGCCAUUUGUGACUCUUUUCUAUGAUGUUAUCACGGACAAAGAAAUAGACGCACUGAUGCAAGUAGCCAGGGACAAGGUACAGUUUUUAACUGGAGAUCCUAGGCAGUUUGUGUCCUUUGGACCCAACGUCAGAGAAAAUAUCUUAGGCAUUAAAGGCGGCUGGCGGGAGAUUGCUAACUACGGAAUAGGAGGUCAGUACGGCUUGCAUUGGGACUUCCUGGCUGAGGCACUGAAAGAAGAAGUUCGCAAUCACGAAGCUUCUCUGUAUGGCGGGGAUAGGCUGGCGACGUUUCUCAUUUAUUUGACAGACGUUGAGAGAGGCGGCUCAACUGUCUUCAAUAAACUUGGCCUUGCCGUAAGCCCAGUCAAGAAAAUGGCACUAUUUUGGUACAAUGCCAAGCCGUCAGGAGAGUUAGAUUACACGACACAACAUGCUGGAUGUCCGGUUGUCGUAGGCCACAAAUGGGUGUCUAACAAAUGGAUGUGGAAUUACGGCAACACAUUCACCCGACGCUGCGGUCUGACACCCGACGCAACACAGCUGGACAUAGAACUAUACAUGAGGAAAGGUUGGGUGUAA